UUUGUGCAGAGGUGGAAGCAACAUCUCCUGGUUGGUGUCAGACGCGCAGCGUUUCACUCCGUUUCUCCAGCUGCUGUUCUGGGACCAGCCAUGUGGCUUUACGGGCUCGUUUUCGGACUCUUCGUCGUUUCUUAUUCCGAGAGCAGGAGAAAUGCGCUCCAGGACUACCAGAAAUCUGAUGGCAUCCAGCUGCUUGCAGUGGCUCCUGAUCCCUCCCACAUGACCAAAAGCCGGAAACUCAGCUUAACCAAAUGUGCCAAAACCUGCAGCCGUGGUAAAAGACUCCCAUUCAUCUGCAGAGCGUUCCUCUACGAUCACAAAAACACAAAGUGCCACUGGCUUUCAUUUGACAAAAGCUCUCAAGGAGCUGAAAGUCAUCAAAACUCUAAUUAUGAACUCUACCAAAAAAAAGACUAUGUAAGGGAAUGUAUUGUAGGGACAGGUCAAAGCUACAGAGGGCGGAGGUCAGUGACAGUGAGUGGGAUCCUCUGCCAGGCCUGGAUCUCCCCAAUACCUCACGAACACAAAUUCAUGUCUAAAAGGUACAGGAAGAAGGACCUCAGGGAAAACUACUGCCGUAACCCUGACAACUCCACCGCUGGUCCAUGGUGCUUUACCACUGACCCCAGCCCACACCUCAGACACCAGGAGUGUGGCAUACCACAGUGCUCACAAGUUGAAUGUAUAAACUGCAAUGGGGAAGAUUAUAGAGGACCCAUGGACUAUACGGAAAAUGGAAAAGAAUGCCAGCGGUGGGACCUGGACGAACCACACAAACACCAGUACCACCCCAAGAGGUACCCUGACAAGGGCUUAGAUGACAACUACUGUAGGAACCCGGAUGGACGUCACAGACCCUGGUGUUUUACCACUGAUCCAAACACACCAUGGGAGUACUGCAGCAUCAAAGCCUGUGAAACAACUCCUAAGAGUCCUGUGGUGAAAACAACCGAAUGUUACGAGGGCAAAGGAGAGGGUUAUAGGGGGACAGUAGACAUGACACCCAGUGGAAUCAUGUGCCAACGCUGGGAUUCUCAGUACCCCCAUAACCACACAUUUAUGCCUCAAGCUUACCCUUGCAAGGACCUGAGAGAGAACUAUUGUCGGAAUCCAGAUGGCCAAGAAUUCCCUUGGUGUUUCACUUCAGACCCAAGAGUCCGCACAAUGUUCUGCACCAACGUCCCUCGGUGUGACACCCACAACAGGCCUGACAGUGACUGCUAUAGGAACUUGGGAGAGAAUUACCAGGGAGAACAGUCAAGGACUAGAUCAAACCUGCCCUGUGCUCCCUGGAGAGACCACAGCCACAGUGGAGACAGGGGCAUGCUAAUGGCUGGCCUGGAGGAAAACUACUGCAGAAAUCCUGAUCAAGACAAACAUGGCCCCUGGUGUUUUACCAACAAUUCUGCCAUUCAUUGGGACUACUGCAAUGUAAAACUUUGUGAUGAGUCACUGAACGCCAUUCCUGCAGUUAAGCCAUCUCCUGUGAGAUGUUUUGUCCAUAAAAGGACCAGGAUUGUUGGGGGCGCUCCAAUAGGCAUAUCAGACGGCAGCUGGAUGGUCAGCAUACAGAAAGGAUCAGUUCACUGGUGCGGUGGUUCACUAAUACGAGAGAAGUGGGUUCUUACUGACAGACAGUGCUUCUCUUCCUGUGUGCCGGAUCUCAGUGAGUAUCGGGUGUGGCUCGGCAUCUCGGACCUUCGAGAGGAUGCUCCUGACAGGUCCAAGAGGCAGGAAAUCAGAAUAGUUAAUGUAAUAUGUGGCCCCAAUGGCUCCAGUCUAGUUCUUCUACGACUUGAAAAGCCUCCACUUCCUGCAGACAAUGUCCACACCAUUCAGCUGCCUCUAGCUGGAUGCUCCAUCCCAGAGGGAACAAUAUGUAAAAUGUAUGGAUGGGGAGAAACCAAAGGCACUGGCCACGAUGACGUUCUUAAGACGGUCAAUUUGCCCAUUAUUGGCAGUGACAGGUGCAGAGAAAUGCAUAGAGGGAGCUUCCACAUCACCAACACCAAGAUCUGUGCAGGAGGCAAAAAUAACGAGGGAGUGUGUGAGAGGGAUUAUGGUGGCCCUCUUGUGUGUCAGGAUGGUGAGCUCAAAGUUAUUGUUGGUGUAAGCGUCCAUGGCAGAGGCUGCGCUCGGGCCAACCAGCCUGGCAUCUUCAUUAAUGUGCCCUUCUACACUCAGUGGAUUUACAAAGUCUUCAAAUAUUACCCCGACCCUGAGAUUGCUUAG